CUCUGAGAUAGGGACCCACAGGCACAGGAAGCCUGAGGAGGGAGAAAUCCCCAGGUGAAGACAAAGCCACUGCACCUACCUUCUGCGGGAGAUCUCUGGAAAAGCCUGCAGGCAGCACGGCCAGGAGCCGCCUCCCUCAGGGCCCUCACCUGCCCGCCCGCCCUUCCUUGCCCCUCAGUGCCUGCCAGGAGAACCGGAGACGGAGAGAAGACAAUGGAGCCAGACAGGACUCAGAUAAAGCUUGACCCCAGGUACACGGCAGAUCUUCUGGAAAUACUGAAAAAUAAUUACAGCAUCCCCUCUGCCUGCUUCUCUCACCCUCCCACUGCAGCCCAGCUUCUGAGAGCACUGGGCCCUGUGGAAAUUGCCCUCACGGUCGUCAUGACCGUGCUUGUGCUGGGCUCAAUCGCCAUCUUCCUGGAGGAUGCUGUUUAUCUGUACAAGAACACCCGUUGCCCCAUCAAGAGGCGGACUCUGCUGUGGAGUAGCUCUGCACCCACGGUGGUGUCCAUGUUCUGCUGCUUCGGUCUCUGGAUUCCUCGUUCCCUCAUGCUCGUAGAAAUGGCCAUAACCGCGUUUUACGCGGCGUGCUUUUACCUGCUGAUGCAGGUUAUGGUGGAAGGCUUUGGUGGGAAGGAGGCAGUAGUGAGGACACUGAAGGACACGCCGAUGAGGAUCCACACAGGCCCCUGCUGCUGCUGCUGCCUCUGCUGCCCCCCACUCAUGCUCACCAGGAGGAAGCUCCAGCUGCUGAUGUUCGGUCCAUUCCAGUACGCCUUCUUCAGGAUAGCACUGUGUCUGGUGGGCCUGUUUCUCGUCCCUGACGGCAUCUUUGACCCAGCAGAUAUUUCUGAGAAGAGCACAGCUUUAUGGAUCAACACUUUCCUUGGUGUGUCCACCCUCUUGGCUCUCUGGUCCCUGGCCAUCAUUUUCCGUCAAGCCAAGCUGCACCUGGGCGAGCAGAACAUGGGAGCCAAAUUUGCUCUGUUCCAGGUGCUUCUCAUCCUGACUGCCCUGCAGCCAGCCAUCUUCUCAGUCUUGGCCAAUGGCGGGCAGAUUGCUUGUUCGCCUCCCUUUUCCUCUAAAAUCAGGUCUCAAGUGAUGAAUUGCCACCUCCUCAUACUGGAGACUUUUCUGAUUACUGUGCUGGCACGAAUGUACUACAGAAGGAAAGACGACAAGGUUGGAUAUGAACCUUUUUCUUCUCCACACCGGGAUCUGGACCUCAAAGCCUGAGGCGGAUGGCUUGGACAAUGAAAGAGACACUGGACUCGUGAGACAGGCACAACAUUUCUUCACUGUCCCUCCACCUUGACCAAAUGGGGAAGGAUUCCUUAGUCAGCACAAGCUGGCCGAUUCUAUUUGACUAUAGAGAUGAAGGUGAAUUAUGUAAUAGGAUGAAAUUGUUUUUGAUAUUGCCUUUGACGGUAUUUUAAGUUUUAUUACAUAAUAGAUAGAUAAACAGGAUGAAGUUUGAAA